GCUGUCCUCUGGGGCAACAUCAAUAAAAUGUUUUUGUAUAAAAAGAUAUGCCGUUUCGGUACCACGCCGGGCCUCUCACGCGAUGGGAAAUAGCUGUCAAUUCGUAGCACUUUCAGUCAUGCCGAUGCACCGAAUUCCACUGUACCUGCUCUGUGCCGCUGAGCUGGUGCGGACAGCUGCUGGGGCUCCAUUUGCGGGGCAAUACCUAGCGUACGGCAGCAAGUUGUAUCCAUGUGCGACGAACGAGUCGAAAAACAAUAUUAUCUUGAGGAGCGUGGUCUCGUCCUUCAAUAUUAAAGAGCCCUCCGCACUCCAGAGACUUUACGGCAACAUCACGUAUUAUAUCUCCUUCGAUGACACCUUCUGGGCUCGCACCCGUAUUGAUUCCCGCUCCUCCGACGGGCAACGUUGGCUCAAGAACGCGUUCCUCAUAACUUUUCCUGGGAAAGCCUGCUCUAUGAUGCGUGAGCAUGUACCUGGUUUGGCUCGUAUUCUCUUAGGCGGCGACGAGAUCAUGAAGAGAAAAUCGUGUUCGGUUCAGACGGGCGAAUACUCUAUUGGAAACCAGGCGGUGAACUGGACGGUUCCGCAUUUUCCCAUAAUGCCAUACGGACACAUGCGGAUUCAGCAACUCGCUGGACGGGGGCAAGACACUGAUUAUUGUCAUAUGUUCGAGUUUAAUGUCAUUCCAAGACCAAAACUCGGGAACAAUGGCUAAGACGCUUUGUCGUUUUCGGCCGUUUGCAUUGAGAAAUGUUUUUUUCUAAAAGUAUCGGUACAGUGAUAAUACGCGUCUUUCGUGGUGAUGGGGCACCACACUAAAAUUUUGUGACCCGUGGAUUCAAAAGUUGAAAGUUUGUGAGUACCGGGUGUCCGGGAGAAUACGCGGCAGCUCGAU